CGUCGCUGUAGCUACGCGCUAGGCAAGACGAGCAGUAUGGCGGAAGAAGAGAUUGAAUUUGAGUUAAAAGGUUUUAAAAAAGAAUUGGAGAGUUUAUUUGUCACUAACUCAAGUGAAGAAUACGGACUUCAAAGCAAGUUAUAUUGUGUACGGUUCUGUAAGUUGGUGGAGGUGUAUUCAGGACGAUGGCAGGUACCCUUGCCACAGCUCCAGGUGCUCCAGACAGCUCUAUGUUCCUUUGUCCAAGCCUCGGCCUGCUUCCCGUCUGACUGUGAACAUGUAUGCUACACACUGAGUAGCCUUGCCCUGAGUGCUUUUGAGCUCUUGCUGUUUUUGAACAGGAAUAAGAUCCUGCAGGAUCCCUUGAAAAAUAUCCUUGAUUCGUUCCAGGAAUGUUUUUCCCAGCUGGAGAGGCACCAGAACAUUCACCUGCUGCAGGUGGGACAGAUCAUCAGAGAGAAGGGACCAUGGACCAACCCCAUACUACAGGCCAUCCUGAAGGACUCACAACUGCCCCGGGAUGAAGUGGACCGGUACCUCGGCUCAGAGGUGCCAGUGUUCUUUGAGCUGCGUGUUCGUUACCUGCUGUCCAGUGAGAUGUUCACCGAGGCUGUGGUCUUGGCUAAGACCUGCUCUCAGCACCCUGUUGCCGGACGACACCUGUUCUUCCGACAGGCCUACCUCACCUGUCUCUUGAAGGCAUCGCUCCCUCACCAUAUGCACGAAGAGAUGUCUGACAUCGACGGUAAGGAUGCUGUGGAUAUCGUGUGUAACACUGAGAGUGAGGAGAGCGACGAGACUCUUCUGGCCCUCUGCACAGCCUUCCUCUCUCAGCAACUUCACAGAGGCGACAUGUACUUCACGUGGGACUUGGUGUUUAUAUGGAGUCGACUCCAUCUGCGGUUCAACCCGUCCAAACAGGCCUUCCUGGAAGAGAGUCAUCGAUUGAUGCUGUCCGCCACCAACAUCAGAUCAAUAUUCUCUUUCAUUAGAGUGAUCCUUGCAGAGCUGGGAAAAGAUGGUCUCCAGUUCUGUGUGGAGCUCUGCACCCAUGCCCUCCAGACAAAUCCCUGCGACGCCUCCACCAAGUCUCUCAUCUACAAGACGGUAGCCUACCUCCUCCCCAACGACCUGGAGGUCUGCCGGGCCUGCGCCCUCCUCGUCUUCUUCCUGGAGCGUACCGUGGAAGCCUACAAAACGGUGUUCCUCCUCUACACGCACCCCGACCAGGAGUACCACGUCGAAGCCGGUCCCAUCGGGAACCACAUCCGCUUUGAGAUCCUCCAGACCCUGAAGAGAGGUCUCUACUUCGACCCAGAGUUCUGGAACCUUUUGAAUCUCCGGACCAACUGCCUGAAGUUGAUGAGCGAGAAGAAGGCGGCGUUGGCAAAGAUGAUGAUGGAGGAGGAGGAUGAUGGGUGGGUGUCCAAUUACUGCAGCACCGCCACCAAAGAGCCCUGUUGCAGCUGGAGCGCUGACCUGUCAGAGUGUGUGCAGUCUAAACGUGUAGAGACUAAACCAGCACAGAAACACGUUCAGAUUAAACCCUUUCACCAGGUAACGGCGCCCAAAAGGCGGUUCCAAAAAGAAGAGAAGAAUCACGUUUCGACGGCGCCGAUGGCAGCCAAACGUGUCAAAGGUCAAAGGUUGGAAAAGACCUCUGUUGUCGAGCCGCAGCAGCUGCCUGUUAAUCAUGUGAUGGCGAAAGCUAAGAUAGAGAAGCCUGCUGAACCCCCUGUUGUUGAGGAACAACCUGUAAUAAAAAGAAGAGGGAGGAAGCCUGGGCCGAAGCCGGGACCGCGUUCAUCUGUCAAAACAGAGUCCUCAGCUGAGACCUCCUCUGUCAGACGGUCCUUCAGACAACUGGACAUGGCGCAGGAGAACCUGGCCAGGCAAGUCAGUCACAGACCACAUAGGCACAUGACCAGACUCUCGGAGAAGAAACCUCCCAAACGGAGGGGUAGGAAACCCCGUUGGCUACUGGAGGGUACGUUCCAGGCUGAGAACAGUGCUCCCCGGAAGGGUCGCCAACCAGGGAGGAAACUUCCACAGCAGAAGACCCAGCAGACACCAGUGGACAAGACCAGUAAGACCUUUAAGUCUGGUGCCGCUGUCAAGGAAAGCACAACCAAACAAAAGAAUGCCGUUACCUCACAAAAUAAAAUGGCGGCCGCUCGUCUAACAGCUCCGAGGGAACAGGAAGGUAAACGUCAGAAGGAGAUUCCUGCUACUAACCACCUACCAGCAGUAUCUCCUGCUCAUGACUCAAAGCUGGAGGUAUCCUUACCUGACAACGAAGUGUUUGGGUUCUUCCAUGAGGAUUAUCUCAGUAGUAGGCAAGGACUGGGGACUCUAAACUGUGAUAAAUCUAAGGCACCAAUCCAGGCACAGUAUCGGGUGAAGGAUAGACUCGGAGAGGCGUUUAUCGUUUCCGCUCAGAACGCCAGUCUCUUCAUACAGCAGUUGCACAACUAUGCCCAGACGCCUAAGGCGGAAGGUGUCACGUUGAAUACCGAAACCUGUUUGUUGAAAGCGACAGAUGUCCGUCCCUCCUUAAACCAAAGUUGUCUGUCGGUGUCGUGUGACGCUUCAGGGGUAUUUUACCAGACGUCUGCAGUGGAAAUGGAAGUUGAGGUCUCCUCACAAACUGUCAAGGCAACUGCCACUGAUAUGAAUUUCACACCACAAGGUGGUGCUGUUGUUGAACACAUCGAAAGUCCCAAGAAUGAGGAAGGAUUCUCUACUGACGCUCAGGAAACAUGUACUCCGUCUGUUCCCUCAGUGAAUGUCAUUGUUCCUAAUAACACAGGAAGAAGAACAGAUACAAAUGUAACUAAUGUUCCAAGAGAACCAACGGAAGUUACGAAUAUUCCAAAAAAGAAAACUGUUUCUGAAGUCGGGGAUAUUUUAGAAUCGUCCAGGAAGUCAGAAGUUACUGAUAUUCUGAAAGAGGCUAUGGAUAUAGCAAACAUUGGUGUGGAUGAAGCAAUGAUGGGUGACGGUGACACUGGCAGCGUCCCUGGAAAGGAAACUCGGGAGCUUGUUGUUCUUACUCCUUUCUGCUGGCUGGCUAAUACCUCAAUGGAAGCGUUUGCCAGAGAGUUUGAAAAGUUUGCCAAGGGUCCGGAUUCUGAUGUUGUCGUAGAAAAGGAGUCGGUGUCACACCAGACCACAGAUAAUGUCUCGCACAAAACGUUGGAGAUGACACCGUUAACGUCUCCAAAAGUCAUCCCUAAGGCCGUCACAGACCCAGUGGUCCUUGAGGACACUUCAAAAGUAACCAAAGUCACCCCACAGGACACUACAGACAUCCUGGAAAACAUGGACACUCCACACACUCAACAGGACACCCAACUGGACAUUAAGGGUACCUCACAAAACACGGAGCCAGAGGAUAGCCCAAUGGCCGCUGAGAGCGUCCCACAGCUCACUGAUGAGACCCGGCAGCUUGAGCACCCCCUGAAAGGCACUGUGGGUACUCCAGAGGUGCCUGUGGACUCGACACAGGACAAUGACACCCCUCAGAUCACCGAAUACCCCCCACAGAAUAGGCAGGACAUAGGACAACUCACAGAGGACACCCUGAAAGUCUCUUUCACUGAAGUCACCCCACAGGCUACUGAGGACCAGACAAAAUCCACUGUGGAUACUCCAGAGGAUGUGGACACACUACCACAGAACACAGAGGAGGACAGCUUGGAGGUAAUUGAGGAUGCCCAGGAAGUCACUGUAGACAGCCAGGAAGUCACUGUAGAUACCUCCGAGCACAUUGAGGACACCCUACAAAUACAAAACACUGCAGACACCCUACAGCUCACAGUGGACGCCUCAAUGGUCACUGAAGAGCUCACCAAGGACACACGUGAUGCCACGCAGAACAAUGGGGACACGCCACACCUCCAUGAGGACACCCUACAGGAGACACCGGUCACUGAGGACACCCCAAGAGUCCCUGAAGAGACGUCACAGGAACCCAAAGACACCUCAAAGGUCAGCGGAGAUACCCCGAUGGUUACUGAAGACACCCUACAACACAGUGAAGACACCCCACAGGACACACAGUACAAUUCACUGGUGACCCCGAAAGUCACUGAAAGUGCUCACACUCCAAAGGUCACCCCAAGAGUCCCUGAAGAAACGUCACAGGACCCCAAAGAUGCCUCAAAAGUCACUGAAAACUCUCCACAGGAAACACAGGACACCCCAAAAUUCACUAAGGACACCCCAACUGUCUCUGGGGAUAUCGGACAAAAUCCUAGAGGUGGCACCCCACAGGAGAAUGAGAAAAACCCACUGGCAUAUCGCUGUAGUCUCUGCAACAAGGUUUUUAAAGGCAAACGUGUUAUAGCCCACGCCAUGUACCACUUCCGCAGAGACCAAUGUAUGUUCUGUAGGAUGCUGUUCAAAAACGACCUGCUCGCCAUGAUGCAUCUGUCCCAACACAUCGACAAGUUGAAAAAAGGAAACCUAGCAUCUGAUAUUGAGGAGGUCCGUGAGAACUGUAAAGCUGGGAUGUCAGACACGCCUGGACGCUCAACGCAGAGGGGUAGACGGGGACGCAAGAGGAUCCCUGUAAAUUCCACAGAGUCCACAGAGUCCUCAACUCCGGAUAACAGGAAGCUACGGUCGACCAAUAGGACCUCCUCUAUAAACUCCUCGGAGUCAACUCCACCGGAUCGCAGAAAGCUACGGUCGACCAAUAGGCUCUCGACUGACUCUCAACCUUCACCGGAGACUAAACUCACAACAGAAGAGUCUGAAGGCAAGCAGUCGACACAGAGGGUCAAUGGACAGCGGGGCAGAAGACGGUUUAAGGUUGAAGGAACUGAGGGUGAUGGUGAUACUCAGGCAGAGGAACAAGAGAAGAUCGGUAGGAGGCAAGAGGAAGAGCACUCGGCUCCGGAAAAGAGGGAGGAACCCGUGGAGAGAUCUACUUCUCCGGUGAAGACAUCGACAGGUGAACAAGGGGGAACCUACUCCUCUCCUCUGACAAAGACUUUGGAAGAAGAGAAACCCUGUUCCUCGGCAAAGACCAUGGAGGACAACACAGAAUCUCAGGCUGUAUCGGUAACACAGGACAGGCUUUCAGUAGAGAGACCUCUAGAGAUCUCAGUUCAGGGUAAAGAGACUCCCGGCGGAUGCCCUGUGGAGGGAUGCACAGAGAUAUUCACUGGAAAACGGCGUUCUCUCCUCGGACAUAUUCUGGACGAUCACCGCGGCGACGCCAAACCCUUGGAAAUGACGUUCCGUCAAGGCAAUGGCAAAUGCAAUAUUUGCAAGAAGCCUGUUUUGACUUUGCAGCAUUACCAGCACCACAUUGUAUGGCACAAAGGAAUUCCCAGGCAUCCCUGUCUACAUGAUGGGUGUAAAGCCCGGUUCAGUGCAGCGACAGAAAUGAGGAACCACACAAAGACCCACCAGCCGCUCCUGGCAGUGUGCUGCUUCCCAGGUUGUCAGGAGCGCUUGGCUUGUCUUCCGGAGCUUAACCGUCACGAACAAGAACACUAUCGUCUUCCAAAGGAAGGGAAGGAUGAAUCUGAUUUCUCUACCCUUCUCACCAAUAACACCUCUGUAAAAGUGAUUAAACAGUGUAAGAUGAGGAGGAAUAAACUACAGAAGAUGCAGGGUGUAAAGAGACUAUGGCCUCUUAGAGAAAAGGAGGGAUCGGCAACUGACCUCACUACUACUGUAAAGGUAACUAGGAAGUAUGACUUGACCAAGACGUUAAAGAAAACACAGGUCGUAAAGAAACGGCAUGUUCCUAGGGACAAGGAUCCCUGUACUACUGACCACUCUAACGUCUCUGUAAAAGUAACAAAUAAGUUGAGGAAAUUGCAGGUUAAGAGGAAACCGUGUGUUGUUAGGAAAAUGAACGCCCCAACCACUCCCGUCACCACGGCCAAUGAAAAAGAUGAAAAUGUGAGCAAGAAGUUAAAGAUGAUUCAUAAGGUAAAGAAAGCGUUGGCUGUAAAGCGACAGAACGUUAGCAAAGACAAUUAUACCCCAACUGGUCCAACCACCUCCACCACAAUUAUCGCCACUGAAAAAGUUACCAAAAAGCUACAAAUUAUAAAUAAGUUGAAGAAAAUGCUGGUUAUUAAGAAACCGAACGUUAGCAAAGAAAAGGAUACCCAACCUGGUCCAACCACCGACACAAAAGUGACAAAAAAAUCUAAGGUGACGGAUAAAUUAAAGAAAACACAACUUGUAAAGAAACAGAGUGUUGUAAAAGACCCCAGGAAGAUCUCAAUCGUUAGCACAGAUGAGGAUACCCAACCUGUUCCUCCCACCGUCACUCCGAAAGUCACCGAGAAGUUACCCAUGGUGACAGAUAAGGUAAAGAAAACACAAGUUCUAAAGAAACAAAGUGUUAUCAAGGAACCCAAGAGGCCUGUUAGCAAAGAACCCAGGAAGACCUCCAAAAAACCUGUGAAGUCAAAGACCUCUGGUCCAGAGAAACAUGUUAAUAAAGUCACAGAAGUGCUAGGAAGUAAAGACAAAGAAGUGGUAGAAAGUAAAUCAAAGGAAGAAGAUGAUAAACUAUUGGUAGAAACAUCACACUCAACAGCUAGCAGUGUCUGUGACCAGAAGAUGGUUAACGGACACUUAAAGGAGAUUACUAAAGAAUCACCAAAAUACCAGAAAAGUCUUAAAACAAGCACAGUUUCCAAAUCCAAGAAAUGCGAACCACGAAACCAUAAACCUGCUACUCCCAAAACCCCUACAAAUACUCCCAAAACCCCUACAAAUACUCCCAAAACCCCUAUCAAGGAGGAAGCGAAAAACUCUACUUUCUUUGGGAAGAUUAAAAACAGGCCAUACAUCCGGCCUCCGCCCACCGCCUACCUAGACGAGAGGUACACCACCAUGCCAAAACGCAGGAAAGAGAUGUCCUGGACUCCUCAUUUCUCUCCAAUGCUCCCGGACCUGGUGGUGGAGGCAUCGGGGACCACUGCUACACCAUUAGUCCAUAGACGGCGCUGUGCCAAGUGUUUCUUGUCCUUCAACAGUGGAGAAGAGUUGCAGACGCACCUCUCGUUGAAGAAGUGCACAAACCUUUUUGGCUUCGACUCAGAUGAGGACAGUAAGUAGCUGGUGAAGCUUAUAGACAAGAGGACAUGUUUGGAUGUGCUGCUAGGGAAAAGGGGGGGGGUUUAACCCCCUCCAAAACCUGCUAGGAGUGUUGAACCCCUUUCGACCCUGCUACCUUACUGAGGGACGACCAGGGUUUACAGGACUCUUAACAUGACUUGCUGGCUAGUCUGGGACAGCCGUGCCAGGUCUCCCCCUUGUGACUGAGGCUGGCAAUCUGAGGCGGGCUACAAACAGAAGACACCUCUCAACCCCUGCUACCUUAUUGAAGAGGGUUCUUCAAGCGUUAACUCUUACAUGACUUGCUGACUAGCCUGGGAUGUGACUGAAGUUGACCGGUGGUUACAACAGAAGACGGAGAACAUUUAAAGUGUUUUGACCGUUCUUCCAUGUUCUGUCUCCCAUGGUCAUAGGAGUAACCUAUGACCUUUGAACCCUGACCCUCAAAUCCAAAAGUUCAGGGGUCUUUUGGGUUGACCGAUUUGAUUGAUUGACCAGGAAGUGUCUCUAAACUAAAGCCUUAAGGACUUAUGAAGGCGGACACUAUAUGAGACCUGGCAGGAUGGUCGCAUAGUUAAUAUAUUCUUUGUUUUUAUUUGUAUUUACUUUGGACUGAAGAAGUGCCUGGAACCAACCUGCUACUUCCUGCUUCUCUUCUAUUGGUCAAUGGUCUAGGGGUUUGCGUCCCAAAUGGCAUCUUAUUCCCUCUAUAGUGCACAACUCUAUGUGAACCCUGGUCAAAAGUAGUGCACUACCUACCCUAUGUGGGCUCUGGUCAAAGUAGUGCACUAUAAAGGGAAUAGGGUGUAAUUUGGGCCACAGUGACAUUGCGGGGGUCAAGGAAUGACUCGUGAAGCUGUGAGAACUGAUGUUAUGCAGGGAUAUUAACUAUACAAAAAUGUUUAGAUAUUUAACACACACACACAAAAAAAAAAUAUUGCUAGUCUUUUUUGCUUUUGCACUUGUCACUUAAAACCCAAAACCCCUAGUGAGUUUAACAGUCAAACUUCCAGGGGUUAAGAGUUUCCAAAACCUCUUCUAUGGAUUAUAUGUCUACGGCCACGACGCAACAACAUGUAUAUUUAGAGAGCGUGUUGUAGGCAACCGGUAACUGCCCAAAUAAAGGAAACCCCUUGAGUAAAUGAGGGGGAUACAAAAGUUUGUGUGGGGGUGCAUUUUCCUGGCAUGGUCCAGGUCCACUUGUAGAAUCUAUGCCAAGGUGCAUUGAAGCUGUUCUGGCAGCUCGUGGUGACACAACACCCAUUUAAGACGUUUAUGUAGGUGUUUCCUUUAUUUUGGCAAUUACCUGUAUUUGAUCAAAUUUUAACCAGUUAUUAUAAAUUUUAACUAUUGCUCCUCUGCGACUAAAUUAUGUUCUCUGGUGUAUUUUGAACAUUGAGAGCACGCUCCUGUGAUUGGAUAGAUUUUUUUUUAUUUUUUAUAACUCAAUAUUUUUUUUAAUUUUUUUGCCUCUUGGGCCCAGCCCCCUGACUCACACAAUUGACCCGUCACAUUUAUUUAUUUAUUAUGCAGUUUAUUUUAUUAAUCAGUUACACAAUCAAGGCAGGCCCUCCCCCCCAAGUUACCCACGUGGACGCCCCUGCCUCCUCUUCUCUCCCCCGUCUGAUAAUUAGCAGAGCGGCAGCAGGCUGUCUAAAACUCAUUGACAGCGGGCUCCUGAAUCCUCCUGUGGUUGGCGGUUGCAGUAAAAAAGAUCUCUAUCUAAUAUAUAUACUGUAUAUAAGUGUCUUGGGGGGGGGGGCCCACACGGGCCUGGGCCCCGGGGCUUCAGCCCCGGUAAGCCCCUGCAUUAAUCUAGCCCUGUAUGUAGGGAUUAGGUUGCCAUUUGAGACAAUUGUGUCUGCAAUGUGCAAAGGUUAUUUUUCAUGUCCAUAUUACUGCUUGAAUUUACUAUAAUACAAACAAUAACAACCUGUUUGAACAUAUUAGCCAUAAGGCCUAAACAACAUCAACAUCAACAACCUGUUUGAACAUAUUAGCCAUAAGGUCUAAACAACAACAACCUAUUUGAGCCAUAAGGCCUAAACAACAUUCCAUAUUUAAAAUUGACUAUUCAUCUUUUUUUUUCCUUUUUUUUUCUCCUAAUGUAUUUGACUUUAAUCAAUAUUAUAGUUUAAUGCACAUUUUAAUGUUCACUCUUUGUAUAUCUCUCUGGGAUGAGUUGACGAGUCCUUGUCCCAAAUGGUUCCUUGUGUACUACUUGGGACCAGGGCCCCAUUUGGGUUCACUAUAAGGAAUAGGCCAGGGUGCCACUUGGGACUCAUAUUUUAUAAAGAGGUUAGGAACGUAUUACAUGUAUUAAUAUGAAUUGACCCAUCUGUCCCCAACCAACAAUCCUGCGUCUGCUUGUUCAGAAACCAAUCUAUUGAUUACAGUCUAUUGCUCAACACAUGGACGAGACUAAACACUUCUAUUAGCUUCUGACAUCACUUCCUUUUUUUGGGGGAAAAGAUAAAUAACUAUUGUUGUGAUGUUUUGGGAGGCGGCAGCACACCGUGUGGUUACUGACUGUUCUACUGAACCCAACAGAACAGUGGCAGCAGGUGUAAUGUAUUAUUCAUAUGUUUUUUUCUUUUCUAUUUGGCUCCUGUAAAUAUGUGAAGAGUUUGAAUGGCUUAUUAUAACUGGGUGUUUUGAAAUGGGUUUAUAUAUCAACUUCUUGAUGUAAAAUAAUAAAACAUGUUAAACUGG